AUUCGAUUAAAGAAUAUCAGAAAAGUAUAUGGAAGAUGUAUGUGGUAUCGUUUGCGGUUAUUAAAACCCCAGCCAAAUAUUAUCCCCACUGUAAAAAAAAUAGUUCUGCUUGCAGGAUGGGCGUUGUUCUUAUUCCUUGUAUACAAAGUUUCCAAAACAGACCGAGAAUAUCAAGAAUACAAUCCUUAUGAAGUAUUAAGUUUGGAUCCUGGAGCAACAGUAGCAGAAAUUAAGAAACAGUAUCGAUUGCUGUCACUUAAAUACCAUCCAGAUAAAGGAGGUGAUGAAGUUAUGUUCAUGAGGAUAGCAAAAGCUUAUGCAGCUUUAACAGAUGAAGAGUCCCGGAAAAAUUGGGAGGAAUUUGGAAAUCCAGAUGGGCCUCAAGCCACAAGUUUUGGAAUUGCCCUGCCAGCAUGGAUAGUUGACCAGAAAAAUUCAAUUUUGGUUUUACUUGUAUAUGGCUUGGCAUUUAUGGUCAUCCUUCCAGUUGUUGUGGGUUCUUGGUGGUAUCGCUCGAUACGUUAUAGUGGAGACCAGAUUUUAAUACGCACAACACAAAUUUAUACAUACUUUGUUUAUAAAACCCGAAAUAUGGACAUGAAACGUCUCAUCAUGGUUUUGGCUGGAGCUUCUGAAUUUGAUCCUCAGUAUAAUAAAGAUGCCACAAGCAGACCAACAGAUAAUAUUCUAAUACCACAGUUGAUCAGAGAAAUUGGCAGCAUUAAUUUAAAGAAGAAUGAACCUCCACUUACCUGCCCAUAUAGUCUAAAGGCCAGAGUUCUUUUACUGUCUCAUCUUGCUAGAAUGAAAAUUCCUGAGACCCUUGAAGAAGAUCAGCAAUUUAUGCUGAAAAAAUGCCCUUCUCUACUUCAAGAAAUGGUUAAUGUAAUCUGCCAAUUAAUAAUAAUGGCCCGGAGCCGUGAAGAAAGGGAGUUUCGUGCUCCAACUUUGGCAUCCUUAGAAAACUGCAUGAAGCUUUCGCAGAUGGCUGUUCAGGGUCUUCAGCAGUUUAAAUCUCCCCUUCUACAGCUCCCUCACAUCGAAGAGGACAAUCUUAGAAGAGUUUCUAAUCAUAAAAAGUACAAAAUUAAAACUAUACAAGAUUUGGUGAGUUUGAAAGAACCAGAUCGUCACAGUCUGCUACACUUCCUUGAAGAUGAAAAAUAUGAAGAGGUUAUGGCUGUCCUUGGCAGUUUUCCAUAUGUAACCAUGGAUAUAAAAUCACAAGUACUGGAUGAUGAAGACAGCAAUAAUAUCACAGUAGGAUCCCUAGUUACAGUGUUGGUUAAAUUGACAAGACAAACAAUGGCAGAAGUAUUUGAAAAGGAGCAGUCCAUCUGUGCCGCAGAGGAACAGCCUGCUGAAGAUGGGCAAAGUGAUGCUAACAAGAACAAGACAAAAGGAGGAUGGCAGCAGAAGAGUAAAGGACCCAAGAAAACUGGUAAAUCAAAAAAAAAGAAGCCUUUAAAAAAAAAAACUACACCUGUGACAUUACCACAGUCAAAGCAGCAGAAACAGAAGCAGGCAAAUGGAGUAGUUGGGAGUGAAGCUGCAGUAAAGGAGGACGAAGAAGAAGUUUCUGACAAAGGCAGCGAUUCUGAAGAAGAAGAAACCAACAGAGAUUCCCAGAGUGAAAAAGAUGAUGGUAGCGACAGAGAGUCUGAUAGAGAACAAGAUGAAAAACAGAACAAAGAUGAUGAAGCGGAAUGGCAAGAAUUACAACAAAGUAUACAGAGAAAGGAGCGAGCUCUCCUGGAAACCAAAUCAAAGAUCACACAUCCUGUAUAUAGUCUUUAUUUUCCUGAGGAAAAACAAGAGUGGUGGUGGCUUUAUAUUGCAGACAGGAAGGAACAGACAUUAAUAUCUAUGCCAUAUCAUGUGUGCACACUAAAAGAAACGGAGGAGGUAGAACUAAAAUUUCCUGCACCUGGCAAGCCUGGAAACUAUCAGUAUACAGUGUUUUUGAGAUCAGACUCCUAUAUGGGUUUGGAUCAGAUUAAACCACUAAAGUUGGAAGUUCAUGAGGCUAAGCCCGUGCCAGAAAACCACCCGCAAUGGGAUACAGCAAUAGAGGGUGAUGAAGACCAGGAAGACAGCGAGGGCUUCGAAGACAGCUUUGAGGAAGAAGAAGAGGAAGAGGAAGAUGGUGACUAAGCAGUACCGUGAGGAGACCACAGCGUUUGCACAUAUUGGCAGGCGUUAGUCGUUUUGGAAGUGUGUAAUAAACCAGAAACAGUACAGAAGUGAUGUCGAAGGAAGUGUUAGUUUCUUUACUAGAAAUGGGUGCAUAAAACAGGCAUUUGGUGGUGCCUUGGUACAAUCUGAAAAAAGCUUAAGGCUUAUCAAAGCCUGUCUCGUGUGGGAUGGUACAUUUAUUUCAUCUGCAAAUGAUAAUAAAUUCUUUGUUAUUCUAACUGUCCAGAAGUGUGGGCUGUGUAUUAUCUGAUCAGUUUAUGGUCCCAGUAAAAAGUUAGGUACAUGAAAAACAAUCUAUAAUUGAGCAACUUUUCUUUGUUCAGCUUUAGUUUUAGUAAACAUUAAAGUAUGGUGAAAAUCACAAUUGUGUUUUAAAUAACAUCUGCUCAUUUUUCUUCUCUUGAUAAGCUCGGUUACUCAUUUGUUGAUAUUUUUCAGGUGAUGAGACAGCUCCAUACAUAAAAUGAAGCCUUUUAUUUUCACCUAUGUUGGUCGUUAGUUGACAUUCUGUCACAUUCCACAUAAUGUAGAGGGGUACAUUUUGGGAUUUUCCUUUCUUAAUUGCCCAGUUGUCAGACAGAUUAUAAAAAUGGCUUUUAAUGGCUUAAAACAGUUUUAAGCCGCUCUCUUAGCAGAUCAGUGUGGCAUCUUAUUAUUUUGAUAAGCUGUAGGUCUAAAAUGAUUAUGGGACCAUAUGUUCUCUGACGUUGAUGGUUUAUGUUACUAAACCUUUUUUUAAAAGGUUCACUAUUAAAGCUGAACAACACUCUUAGCUUUUAACCUACCUAUCAGAAGCCUUUUAAGGAAAAUAAAUACAACACGCAAAGGAGGCAUUUUUUGUAUUCAUUUUGAACUCCUGUCAAUAAAAUAGAAGUUUGACUCA